AUGCCGCUUUUCACGAGGAUCAUGUCCAAGUGCGGGGCACAUAUCGUGGACGCCGCAAAGGUCGUGGACGCCGGGGCUGGACCAGAGAUCGCACCUGGUGGCUUUCCAAUGCCGGUGGACAGGACGCCGUACAGAUCAGUGCCGAUCGACGGAGACACGCACAUCCCCGAGGAGCUGUUCAAGGAGCUCCUGCAGGCGGGCAAGGAGGCGCGGCGCCGGGGGCAGCACGAGGUGGACGACGAGCGGCUGCCGCCGCGGCAGCAGCACCUCGUCGUGGCCAGCGCGGCGCCGGCGCCGGGCAGCCGCGGGCCCCGCGCCGAGUGGCGCAGAGCGUCCGCGCCCUGA